CGGGAUGCUUUGUUAGUUCAAUUGUUGACGAUUUUUUUUACGUUAUUCUCGUAAGAAAAUUAAAAGCAGGAUCCGAUUUCGCAGAUUCGUAGCUUGUAUUGUAUUUCAUAGUGGACAGUGAAGUGUUUGUGUUAAAAAUUCGUGUUUUCCUGUAGUUUAGGUAAGUGUGGUGAUAAAGACUGGUGUGGAACGGGCAUGUUUUUUAAUGCAUGCAAUGGUUGCAAACAAUGAUAAUUAAUAUCGAUUGCGGGAAUGCAGACGUUAAAGAUUGAGUAACGAGAUGAUUAAAUGUGUGCUCAGUGACUGGACGUAGAACAUGUGCUAAAAAAUGCCGCGAACCGUUUCCCGCGCAAAAAACUGUCAAAGUGAUAUUGACGUUUAAGUGAUCGGAAUGUAAUCAGCAUGGUGACAUUGAUGCCGUGUAGCUACCUCGGCGGCGGGUCCCCGCGAUGCAGUCUGGACCACACAGAACCCAAGACUAAGCGAUCUAGGCAGGACACUGGUACAGAUGUUAGAUUGUCAGAAGAAGGUGCAAGUCCAGAAUCAGAAUCGACAUCAGAAUCGCCCCCCUCUCUACAAGAUGCAACCCUGCCAGCGCUGCUAGCAACCACGUACCCCACUUCUAUCAAUUCCCUGAACUCCGUGGAAACCCUGGGCCUGGCUGAGGAUCUGCCCAACGGAUGCCCGAGCACCCUCGCGCUGCCGUUGACGUCUGGACUUUCAACUUCUACGUCCUCGGCGGUAGCUUGGUUGAUGAAUGAGGAUAGCACGGGUGGUGUUAAAAGCGAGGUCCGCAGCCCGGGCCUGUGCGAAGCGGACGUGGCGCUGUACGGGGAGGCGCUGCCGUACGACCAAUCUGCAUUGUCCUAUCAGUAUUAUAAUAGCAUGCAGCAGUAUGGAGGCAGUAGUGCGGCAUCAUCGUACGUCAGUUCGUCACUGUACAACCAACCUUAUGCAGCUUACCCGACUGCGCACAAUUCUAAUAAUAGGCCAUCAUGUAAAGCAACACCAACAUACCUGAGUGCAUAUGGCGUGGGGGGUGUUGGGACUGUCCCGAGUACGGGUUUCGGGACCCAGCCAUCUCCUUACGCGUAUUCAUCCUACAAUGGCGGUCUGGCGCAGUCUUUUACCAAUACGCAACAGGAUUACAGCAGUUACGCAACAGGGUACGCGGAUCAUAGCGUAGCGCAAUAUGGCGGAUAUUAUGCAACCCCCAACUAUUCGCCCUACGUUAGUUCACCGAGCAGCAGUGGAAGUGCUGGCCAUACCUCUUAUCACCUUGGUGGAACUUUGGCAGAUUCACCAUCUUCCAUGCUGCCCUCUAUAAGUGAUACUCCGUUAUCUCCAUUGAAGAAUGAAAUACAUGCUGCCAGUAGAAGAUGUAGGGAAAAUUCAGGAGAAAGCACAACAUCGCGGUCUCGCGGGCGAGGUCGUCGGAACACGUCGUCGUCGCCAGCGCAACAUGUCCCCGAACCAACCACGGAGAGGGUCUUCAUUUGGGAUCUGGAUGAGACGAUAAUUAUCUUCCACUCGCUACUCACUGGGACUUAUGCUACUAAGUACAAUAAGGACACACAGCAAAUAGUGCAAUUAGGUUUUAGAAUGGAAGAGAUGAUCUUUAGUUUAGCAGAUACACACUUCUUCUUCAAUGAUGUUGAGGAUUGUGACCAGGAGCACAUAGACGCAGUGGCGGCUGACGACAACGGCCAAGACCUAUCCGCAUACAAUUUCGCAUCAGACGGGUUCCACGCGGGAGCCGCACCUAAUGCGGGGUUAUGCGCUCCUGGUGUUAGAGGUGGAGUGGAUUGGAUGAGGAAACUCGCUUUCCGAUAUAGAAAGAUUAAGGACACAUACAAUAAUUAUAGGAAUAGUGUUGGUGGUCUCCUCGGACCAGCGAAACGGGAGCAGUGGUUACAACUGCGCGCCGAGUUGGAACAAGCUACGGACAAUUGGCUGACACUCGCUUGCAAGUGCUUGAAUAUGAUUAAUUCUAGGGAAAACUGCGUGAAUGUCCUAGUAACAACAACACAGUUGGUGCCUGCGCUUGCUAAAGUGCUACUAUUCGGGCUCGGCGGUGUCUUCCCCAUCGAGAAUAUAUACUCUGCUACUAAAACUGGCAAAGAAACAUGCUUCGAAAAGAUAAAACAGCGUUUCGGUGAGCGAUGUACCUACGUUGUUAUAGGAGAUGGUCAAGACGAAGAAGCCGCCGCUAAAGCUAAAAACUAUCCAUUUUGGAGAAUAUCCGGCCAUUCGGAUAUCGCGGCUCUAUACAACGCGUUAGACAUGGGCUUCUUAUGAUCUGCUGCUAGCCUGGUACUUGAUAGUCGAACGGUUUUAUGUGAGAAGACUAUGACAAAACUAUAAAAAUAAUAAUAAGUAUUGGCAACAGUUCUGACAAACAACCAUUGAGAUAAUAUUACUACGUAUGGAGGAGACACCACGAACAAAAUCUGUGCGCCAUUUUUUUGCUCUAAGUUUUAAAAAUUAUUAUCUAGUUAGGUACU